AUGAAAGUUUCUGAGAAUUACAUUUUUAGACAAUGUGCAGCCCAAGACAGACAGGUUCUAAUCCUCGAAGGAAAAGAACAACAGAGCGAGAGUGCUGAGAGGAUUCAAGAGAGCAAAUAAGUUCAUCCUCAAGACCUAUUUGAAGAUCUGGAGUGGAUUUACUAAAUUUAUUCGAGCUCAAACUACCCAAAAGAAGUCAGUUGAUACUCUGAUUCUUGGAAAAUUCAAAAUGGACUCUAAGAUAGAUACAAAGAAUGUUGACUCAGAAGUUGCAGCAGAGUUUUGUACCUUCUAUUACCAGCCAUUUGUGAAAUUUAUGGAUGAUGCGGAGAUAACGCUGCAUGAAAAUGACUAUAAUCUCAACCCGUAUUCACAAGAAUUUACUGAGGUUGUUAAAAUGAACUUUAGCAGCAUCGCUCAGGUAUGUAAAUGUAAAGUAGAGACAGUAACCCAUGUGCUUAAUGAGUUCUUAAAGAGACUAGUUUCUAUAUGCAAGAAGUCUAAAAUUAACAAUCAGAUUAUUGUUUUGAAUAUGAAAAUUGGAUUUCUUAAAAUCCAUGAUCAGAAGAUCAGAUUCCUCAACCAUUCUGAAAUCAGGAAGCGAGGAAAGAACGAAACUUUUUCAAACCCUCGAGAAAGCUUGAAGGCAAUGAGCGAUGUUGUAUCAUCAUUUAUAGAAAGUCUCGCCUCACAAAGAGGAAUAUCGUUAAAAAGCAGUAAAGUUUCCUCCUGAACCAGUACACCAUCAGGAAAAUUUGGGAGAAAAGAUGACUCUUCCUUCAACAAAAGCCAGAUGAAUCGGUAUAUAAGUCCGAUUAUUGCAGGAAGACAGUCUGAGUUAACUGACAGAGAGUUAAAAUAGCAUUGAAAAUAUUGCAAGAGUUGCUGAGAAAUUUAGAGACAUCAAAUCCCAAACCAACAGACCUCUCUACGUAGAUGGAACUCCUAUAGAAGGAACGAGGUUCUCCAAAAGGAUGUUCUUCAAAAACAGACAGACUGAGAAAGAUGUCUUCAAGGAAAACCUCGACUUAAUUUCCAAGAAGGAUAAAGAUCAAAAGUUACAAACUAUAAUUGCUCGUGAAGAGUACAAUGUAGCAAGAAAAGAUCAUGAGGAUCAUAACAAUGAAGAAAGAAUGAAGGUUCUAAAGAAUAUGCCCACUCAACAAGAUAAUACUAAAUACAAUUUAAGGAAAGCAAAAAUGAGGUAUAUAAAAGAUAAAGAGACCCACAAGGCUAAGCAACUUGAAAGAUAUUCCUUCUUCCCAUUCACAGAGGGUGAAGGAGUUGAGGAAAGAAGAGCUAUGGAUAAAAUCAAAUUGACUAAGGAACUUCGAGAAGACAAGAAAUUCAAUCAACCAAAAACCGCAAGUGUAUCUCAAAGGAUUAGAUCGAGAGGCUCUGCUAACUCAUUUAAUCGUACAAAUGGGCUUAGCCCUCUGAGUAAAGUAAAUAUGGAGGACGUAAUCUCCAAUAAUGGUAAUCUAGGUAAUACUAACUUAUCAUUUAACCAAAAUGGCCAAAGAGAGCCCCCAGAUUCAUUCCUUACUAGCUAUCCAAAAUUCCUAGAACCACAUAAAUUUCACCCAUAUCGGAGGCUGAACGAUAGUCAUAUUGAAAAAGUAAUGAAUGAUGCUGUCCAGAGAGUUGAAGACCAGGUGCAAAACAUAAAGGAUCUUCGUGCCAAACGAUCUCAGGAUUUCAACGACCAAAUGAGAGUUAUUAUGAAAAGGGUUGAAAAAGAGCAUUUCCAGAAACAGAAAGAAGAGCAAACCCUGCAAGAAUACCACCAAGCCCAGAUAAGAACGAAAGAGGUAAUUAAGAAUUCUGAAGACAAGAAAGCUCAAGAGAACGCUUAUUAUGGACCUAAGAGUAAGGGAUAUAUUAACUACAACAAUGAAUUCAAGGAUGCCAAGAACAAGAGAGAAGCAGAGAUCCUCCUCAGGAACGAACAAAAGAGACAAAUAGAAGAGCAAAGGAGAGCUCUAAGCAUGUUCAAAUAUAAGGAAAGGCUCCAAGAUGUAGAAAAUCUCUGGGUAGCAGGAAAAAUGAUGAUGAAGGAAAACAAAGAAGCUGCACAGAAGAAUAAGCAAUCCAAGCAGAUGUAUAAAGAUCUAUGGAAGGAGCAGAUGAAGAUAAACAACAUCAAAGCUCUCCACUUAGACUUAUAAAUACCCAAAAUACUCUCUUUUGGUCCUGCCAAUAAUCAGGGUAGACAAGUAGCUUCUAGUAUUGAGGGUAAGGAGGAGACCGCUUUU